UCUAAAGAAGCUUUUUUUUUUUUUUUUUUAAUAACUUGACCGCUUCUCUAGCGAGUGUGUGCUUUCUCGCCCAAGGACGUUGGAAAUGGAGAAUGAUGGAAGAUCCAGUGAGAACAAUCUUUACGAGGUUCUUGGUGUGGAAGCAACAGCAUCUCCACAGGAGAUAAGGAAAGCAUACCAUAAGUUAGCAUUGAGGCUUCAUCCUGAUAAAAACAAGGACGAUGAGGAGGCUAAAGAGAAAUUUCAGCAGCUGCAAAAGGUGAUAUCCAUUCUUGGUGAUGAAGAGAAAAGAGCAGUCUAUGAUCAAACUGGCUCAGUUGAUGAUGCUGAUCUUUCGGGAGACGUGGUUGACAACUUGAGGGACUUUUUCAAGGCUAUGUACAAGAAGGUCACCGAGGAAGAUAUUGAAGAGUUUGAGGCCAACUACAGGGGUUCUGAAUCCGAGAAGAAUGAUUUGAUUGAGCUGUAUAAGAAGUUCAAGGGUAAAAUGAGCAGACUAUUCUGCUCUAUGCUUUGCUCAAACACCAAGCUUGAUUCACACCGUUUCAAAGAUAUGAUUGAUGAGGCCAUUGCAGCGGGAGAAGUGAAACCAACAAAAGCUUACAAGAAAUGGGCAAAGGAAAUUUCAGAAAUGGAACCUCCAACGAAUCCCCAAAAGAUGAGACGGAAACCAGCAAAGGGUGCAGAUAAAGAUUUAUACGCUAUGAUAUCCCAGAGAAGAGAUGAGAGGAAAGAGAAGUUCGAUACAAUGUUCUCGUCACUUGUAUCUAGGUAUGGUAGCAGUAGUGCAGACUCUGAGCCUAACGAAGAAGAGUUCGAAGCUGCACAGAGAAAAGUUGAAAGCCGUAGAUCAUCGAAGAAGUCAAGGAAAAAGUAAAGACUAUGUUGUAGUUUGUGUGAUCUGUAGCCUCUCUCGGUUUUGUGUUUGUGAUGGAAACCAAGAUUAGCGGAAAUUGGAUCUUAAGGUUAAAAAUACUUGUGUAAACAGUGUUUGUGGAAUCUGUAUCGUAAAUUCUACUCUGUCUC